AAUGGAAAUAACUGUGACAAGAAAUGAUGCUAAAUCUGAAAAAAUUCACUCUAAAUUAGGUGGAGAUGGACCUUUUGGAGCAUAAUCAGCAGAAAAGGCAAUGAAAAAGCUAGUCAAUUUUAUUGAAAAUUGAGACAAAAAAAAUAACUAUAUCAUUUUAAAUCAUUUUAAGACCAAG